CUCGUUUCAAGAGGCGUGGGAUUUUUAAACGGAAGAUGCUAAAAAUGUCAACAAACAUAUUUCCCUCAGUUUAGGUAUUAUUAUACCCGAGUAUCUUCAUUGUAAAGAUAAAUAGUGUCCAAAUAAAAGUGAAACAGUAUGACGCUGGCAAUGAGACAGAGAAGACCAAGCUAUGCUGCUGUUGCAACACCAAGAAAAGAUCAGAGAGAUGAUACAGAAAACAAAAGUAAUGUCAAGGUUGUGGUCCGAAUCAGACCAGAAAAUGAUAUGGAACAAAGUGGGAAUCACAGAAUUGUUGUCAGAGCCAUGAAUGAACAUGUUCUUGUUUUUGACCCAAAUGAGCAAAAUUCCCCAGAGUAUGGAUACAGACACAGGCAUCACAGAAGGGACAUUCGUAAACGACAAAAUAAAGACUUGAAGUUUGCUUUUGAUUAUGUAUUUGAUCCUGGGUCAGCAAACCAUGAAGUUUAUCAACAGACAACAAAGAAAAUAUUAGAUUCCUUCAUGGAAGGUUACAACUGUUCAGUAUUUGCCUAUGGAGCAACAGGUGCUGGGAAAACUCAUACAAUGUUGGGUAACCCAACGAUGCCAGGAGUUAUGUACCUAACUAUGAUGGAUUUAUAUAACAGGAUUGGUGCUGUGGAAGGACAAAAGACUUGUGAUAUUGCUGUCUCUUAUCUUGAGGUUUACAAUGAACAGAUCAGAGAUUUACUAAUGGGAGGUAAAACUUUACCUGUUCGUGAAGAUGCAAAAAAUGGAGUUGUUAUUCCUGGUUUGUCAUUGCAUAAGCCAAAAGAUGCUGAUGAGUUAUUACACAUGUUACACUUUGGAAAUAAAAACAGAACACAACAUCCAACUGAUGCUAACGCUGAAUCAUCAAGAUCACAUGCUGUUUUUCAGGUUUUUGUAAGACAGAAAGACAGGACAGCAAACAUUUCAGCUGAAGUCAAAGUUGCUAAACUUUGCCUAGUAGAUUUAGCAGGCUCAGAAAGAGGCUCUGUUACCAAAAAUAGAGGAAAGAGAUUCCGGGAGGGAGCUAAUAUUAACAGAUCUUUAUUGGCCUUGGGAAAUGUUAUAAAUGCUUUAGCUGAUCCAAAGUAUAAAGGUCAUGUUCCCUACAGGGAUAGUAAAUUAACACGGCUGUUAAAAGAUUCACUUGGUGGUAAUUGUCAAACUGUUAUGAUAGCUGCAGUAAGUCCAUCUGGCCAUACUUAUGAAGAUACUUACAACACACUCAAAUAUGCUGAUCGAGCAAAGAAUAUUCAGUCCACACUGAAGAAGAAUGUACUAAAUGUUGAUUUCCAUGUAGGGAGAUAUGGAGAGAUAGUAGAGGAGCUGAGGAAAGAGAUUACUGAACUUAAAGAGAAAUUAAGAUUUUAUGAAGAAGGAAAGCUUGUGGCAGCUGUAACUAUGACAAGCAGCGUAGAAAUCUGCAGACUGAAAGAAAAAUUAGAUGAUGUAUUCUGUACAAGGCUACAGUUCUGUAGAGAAUUUUUAGAUGCUGAGCUGAAGAGUAGAGAUUUGGAGUGGAAAAUCCACAGGAAAGAAAAAUGUCUAUCUAGAAUGGCUUUAAUUAGUGAUAAUACUUCAGGGUUAGCAGAUAAACUUAAAAAGAUGGUUUCCUCAUCAAGAAGUCGUUAUGAUAAUUUCCAUGGCAACAGGGACAAAUGUAUGAAAAGUUUGUUAGAAAAUAGGAAAACUGUAGCAGAAAUGGAAGAAAGUGUCAAAUCUCAACAUAACUGUUCUGGUGAUAAUCUAGAAACACAGAAUUUGAAGUUAACUUUACAGCUACAUCAGAAAAGUAUUGCAUUAACAGAAAAUCAGUAUUGUGUGAAAUAUCUGACUAAGGUGGUCAAGUCACAGGAAAGAGAAAUACAGUCCACAGAAAGAAUGAUUACCAGCCUGUUACAUCUAGUGAAACAGCAACAUUUAAUCAUCAAAGGAUCGGGUAUGUUAACUUCUGACCUGGAAGGGGAAUAUCAACAGAUCCAAAGCAUGGCUGAAGGGAGGGAAGUGUCAUUUGCUGAUCAAACAUUUACAGCUGGUAACCAGUCAUUUUGUUUAUCUGGUCUCAUAGACUUCAAAAGCUUUCCUUCAGAGUGUAUAAUGGGAUCAGAAACAGGUACAGCAUCUGAAUCAUUAUUGUGCAAUAAAGAGACUGGACAUAUUAUUUCUUUAAAACAUUCAACUGAAACAGAAAGUGAAGGAAACUCAUACAGCUACAAGUCAACAGCCACAGCUGGUGACACUCCAUUUCCAAAUAAAUCUCUUCCUUCAAGGGAGACAACUGUGAUAUGUAACCAGACAAAUGAAGCAAACACUGUACCAGUCAUACCAGAGAGACUGGUACCUUGUACAAAAAGUGCAGAAAUAACUUGCUCUUCUACAACAUGGUCUGUUUUAACAGUAGAUUCUAGUGUAAAUAAACAAAAUUUAACAUUUAACAAUGAUAUGCUUCAAAAUGCUUUUAGAUUAGAAAAUAAAUCAUGUAGUUUAGUGAAAAACAGUGAUGUGUCUUACACUAGUCAGUCACUUGAUUCAACUUUUACUUUAGAGGAAAAUAAAUCAGACGAACAAAACUCUACAUUCACAUUGAUGGAUACCAGUGACAAGGAUCCAGAAAUCAUAGCAAGGACACCAGUUAUUGCUGACAAAUUUUCAAGGUCAUUUAAUUAUGAUCAAAGUAACUCUUGUGUGCCAAAUGUAAAUACAAAACUGUUUGUAAAUAAUACAAGUUCUAAUGUAUUAAGUAGUCUGUGUCAGAAUACUGAUAGUGCUAUUAAUAUGAAGCCACAUGUUGCUGCUUUGAGUGGCUGUGAUUCCACUGUUUCUGUUAAUAAUCAAUGCUGUCUGCUGUCUACAUUGCAGUCUCCUUUAAGUGUAAACGCUUCACAUUCAAAUUCUAGUGUGACUGCAAUACAAUCUCAGAGUAAUGGAAUGAUUGAAUUGCAAUCUCAGUAUCAACUGGUGAGUGACAGUUUUGCUCUGCAUUCACAGAACAAUUUAACAGGAAAUACAUGUGUGGUGCAAUCUCCUAACAAUGUAAAUGAUAAGUUACACCUAUCAAAUAUUGACGUCUUACAAGAGAGAUGUAGUCUACAAAAUAGUUCUCCUAAUCAUCAGUCUAGCUUAAUUAAUGUCGUGAGAAAAACACCAGAUGAACCGGUCUUUCUAUCUAGAACAAAUCAGUUAAGUAAUGAUAAUUUGACAUCCCAGACCAUUAACACAGAUACAUUAGAAUCAGCAGGAUAUGUGACAUCACAGACUGCAACCAUGGAAACACCAGACUUUCAAACUGGUGGAUUCUCAUCUGAUAGUAAAAGUCAUGCUGUUAGAUCGAUAACAUUUGGUGGUUUGCCCUGUACACCAGAUUCUGUAAGGAAAGCCCGAAGCUAUUCAGAAGUCGUUCAGUCACCACAAGUUGUAAGGACUCCACUGAAAGAAAUGAAUAACAACACACCUCUAAGUGAACAGAAUUUGAGACAAAGUGUAGGCAGUAAGAUGAUGACGAAGAAAGAGAAUUUGUUUGGAGAUAACAGUGAAGAGAUCAAGAAAACGUGUAAGAAGCUGAACGAGUUUGGAUUACCUUCUCUAAUGGAAAGAUGGCAUACUGAUCCAAGAAAGCCAAGAAAUCAACAAACACAGCAGCCAAGCUACAUGCAACCAACAAAAGCUGCCAGAUAUAGAACUAAAAUAAGACAUUUGAAUAACGAAAAUCUUGAGCCUUCAAGAGUACCAAUUGCAGGCAACCAGUGCAUUAAAAACAGGAAUUUUAAAAGAAGUCAGUCAGUAUCCAAUGUAAAACCUGGUUGGCAGAUAUGAUAGUGAAUCCAAAUGUUUUUGCAUUUUAUUUUAAAUUAACUAGAUGCCAGAUUUUACAAUGGACAUUAUUUAUUUUUUGAAAUCAUUGCAUUUCAUUUCAGUUGACCAAUUUUUAGUAUAUUAAGGAUCUUUCAAUUGGGAAAAUUUCAUGAACUUGUUACAUUAAUAGAAAUAUUUUAUGGAUAGCUGCUCAGUUGAGGUGAACAACUGUUUCCAAAUAUCUUUCAGUAUUCCACUUACGUUUUCACCAACCACCAAUGUAAAUUAUUUACUAGAAAGAAUUCUUUACAUGGCUUUAGAGAAAAGAAAUGAUUAUGUACACAAAAUUGUAGUCUUACGUUUAACACAGUGUUUUUUGUUUUUAGCUCACCUGGCCCAAAGGGCCAAGUGAGCUUUUCUCAUCACUUGGCGUCCGUCGUCGUCUGUCGUCAUUAACUUUUACACAAAACUUCUCCUCUGAAACUAAUGGGCCAAAUAAAAUCAAACUUGGCCACAAUCAUCAUUAAGGUAUCUAGUUUAAAAAUUGUGUCCGCUGACUUGGCUAACCAAACAAGAUGGCCACCAUGGCUAAAAAUAGAACAUAGGGGUAAAAUGUAGUUUUUGGCUUAGAACUCAAAAACCAAAGCAUUUAGAGCAAAUCUGACAUGGGUAAAAUUGUUAAUCAGGUCAAGAUCUAUCUGCCCUGAAAUUUUCAGAUGAAUCGGACAACAGGUUGUUGGGUUGCUGCCCCUGAAUUGGUAAUUUUAAGGAAAUUUUGCUGUUUUUGGUUAUUGUCUUGAAUAUUACUAUAGAUAGAGAUAAACUGUAAACAGCAAUAAUGUUCAGCAAAGUAAGAUUUACACAUAAAUCAACUGGACCAAAAUGGUCAGUUGACCCCUUUAGGAGUUAUUGCCCUUUAUAGUCCAUUUUUAACCAUUUUUCGUAAAUCUGAGUUAUCUUUUACAAAAAUCUUUUUUUCUGAAACAACUGGGCCAAAUAAAAUCAAACUUGGCCACAACCAUCAUUGGGGUAUCUAGUUUUAAAAUUGUAUCUGGUGACCAGGCCAACCAAACAAGAUGGCCACCAUGGCUAAAAAUAGAACAAAAGGGUAAAAUGCAGUUUUUAGGCAGUAAAGCUGCCUUAUGCGAGCACCCUGGAUUUGGGUUCCCCCCUGGGAAUUUUUGAAAAGUGCCAUUGCUCUGAUCUGGCAGAUUCUUUAUAACUAAUUAGACAUUUUUUUCACACUUUUUGUUAUAAAAAACAAUAAAUAUAAGGAAGAUUACCUUAAAUGAUCGUCGGUUUUCCUAAAAACAAUUGAUGUUCCCCAUUUGAAAAAGUGCUAAUUAAAAAGUUAAGCUUAGCUUUUUAUCGUCUGUGCUGUUGAUGAAGAUGUAAGUGAACUAUUGUAAGAAUAAUUUCAUCCCCGAAAAUGUUUGCAAUGAAGGCAUUAAAAUUUGCCAAAUGGCAUGAAUGGCGCAUGGAUAUUAUUUUGCGGCUAUUACGCCGUUGAAUUUGGUGGAUUCCAUCCUACUAAAGGUAAAUAUUUAAAAGCAUUGUCUUACCUACUCUUUGUAUUAGUCUUGAAUUUGUAAGAAUACUUGAUUAUUUUAUUUCUACAUUGUAUGAAGAUAUGUAUUUUUUUUAAUUAUUUAAUGCAAGCUGAUGUUAUUAUUUGUCAUCCUUGCUAUGUAUCGUGUAAACCCCCAAACAUUAUACUCGAUCAGGGCCAUUGCAAUGUCAAUUGGGACCUCAUUUGAAUACGUAUUUAUAGAUUUUGUCGAUGUCAACUAGGUCAUUUCAAGAUGGUUUCCUUUCUCGUGUUUUAGUUAAAAGUAAAAUCACAAAAGUACUGAACUUAAACGAAAAUCUUAAGUUGACAUGGUUAAUUAACUGCUUUACACACAAACCUGUAAACUCAUUCACGUAAGAGGAUACACCUGUACAAUGUGACCUUUCACCUGGAAAUAUAGUUUCGUACACACUUGAAUAACAUUAAACGAAAUCGAUCUUUUGAAGAUUUCACUAGGUUUAAUCUUGACUAUAAUGGUUUUACCAUUGAAGGGUUCAUCUUUUAUUGAUAUUCAGGAUUCAUGUACACAGUUAAGAUGCUAUGACACAAAUUUUACCAAAUCCGAAACAAAGCGGACAUUCGAUCAAAGGCUGAAUUUUAUGCAAAUUACUAAGUCAACACUGUUAGAUUGCUUAUUUUAUAUAAAAAUUAAUAACAAAGAGUAGUCAAGAAUACUUUUAUUUUUAAAUAAUACAAAGAGUUGUCAAGAAUACAUUAUAACAUUGACAACACAUGAUGUUUCUGUUUACUUGACCAAACCUCGUUCAACAUCGUAUCCCAACUCUGGAAAAAAAAUGUCAUGAAAUCCUAUAGUACUGCAUAGUCCGCACCCUUCCAUAAAUUUCAUUCCCAGGGUUAAAAACCGCAGAUUAUACACCCCUUUCAACUGAAUGUAAAAACGGCUGCUACUGAAUUGCAGGCUCCUGACUGGGGACAGGAACAUACAUGAGAGGGGGCAAGGGGUUUUACUGUUAUUCUGUUAUGGGGCAUUUUAAUUCUUUCUAAUCUGUUAUUCUGAAAAUAUAUUUACUGUUAGCUGUUAUUGCCUUAUUCUUUGUUAGCUGUUAUAGGACUAUUUUCUAUUUUGUUAUCUGUUAUUGUGAGAAUCUAUUUGCUGUUAACUGUUAUUGAAAAUUGGAAUGUUAGCAUUUUGACAGCCAGUCUUCUGUAUAAAUUAAAGAUAGUUAAUUAAAAAUUGUGAUUUGAAUGGAUAAUAGUCUCUUUGGCACGCUUACCACAUCUUCUUACAAUGUAUAUUUAUUGGGGUUGUUCUACUGGUAAUAUCCGGUGGCCCUGUAUUUGCAGAAGAAUUUCAGUAACAUACACAUAUAAAAUCAAUUGGACCCAGGACCAUUCCAGUAUAUAUUAUUAUUAUCCAUUGUCUAUGAACAUGUAGCAUUUUGUAGAAAUUAUGAUAUAAUUCAUUUAUUACUUGUACAAUAACUUAUAGUAUGGAUUUUGUUAUAAAAAAAACAUCGAUACUCAUUAUAGAUAUUUUUAUUCAAUGACCACAUAAUAAUCUUUAUAUUGUACAAAUACACCACUGUCCCUGAUUAAGGGAGGAUUGGACACCAACUAGCGUGCUUAAUUUGACACAGUCACAUUCUGUAUGUGCCUUUUUCCAAAUAAAGGCAACAGUAGUAUACCGCUGUUCAAAACUCAUAAAUCCAUUGACAAAAAACAAAAUCGGGGUAACAAACUAAAACCGAGGGAAAAUAUAAGAGGAGAACAAUGACACAACACCGAAACGCAAGACUUAGUCAGGAGCCUUGAUUCAGUGGUUGUAGUUUGUUACUUUUUUUGUAUUCUAUAAGUAAGUUUUAUCAUGAGGUCAUUGAAAAAAUUAUUGUGUAUCAAUGUUUUUGUUAUAUUACUUGUAAAGUAUAUAUAUUGCUUUUCAGAAAUAAAAUCUAAAAAUCAAAUUGAUGAUAAAGUGUCACUGGCUGUACUUUUUUUUUUAAACUAAAUAAAAAAAACCUAAAUCAUUAAAAUUUCACCCCUCAAAUGCCCGAGAUUAAAAAUAUCCCUAUAUCAAAAACAGAAACUAGUAAUUUCGUUCAGAAAAAUUCAACAUCCAUACUAUAACUUAUUGUACAAGUAACGGGAAAAAAUCAACCAAGGCAGAACUGCCUCAACGGCCUCAAGACUAGGCAAAGUCUUGUUUACACAAAUAAAAUUUUCUAGGUUCAUACCACAAGUUAUCUACUGGAUUGGUCCUGAACAGAUUUAUUUUUAUAUUUCAUUUGCUGUUUUCUGUUAUUAUACCUUUUCAAUUCCUUGUUAUCUGUUUUUCACCAAAUAAAUUCACUGUUUUGCUGUUAUGGGGACCCCCUUGCCCCCCUCAUACAUAAAUAAUGUAGGUAUAUCUCAUUACCAGAAUAUUUAGCCCACCCCUUUGUCAUGGUAUAUUGACUAAUAUGUAUUAGUUUUUGAUUAGGUCAGUUAUUGAGGAACCACUAGUGAAUGGUCAAUGAUAUUAAGUGUGCAGUUGGAUAAACUUUGUCACUUUUAAUUUCUUGGCUCACACUGAACAACAAGCUAUAAAGGGCCCAGAAAUUACUAGUGUAAACCCAUUCAAACUAGAAAACCAAAGGUUUGUUCAAAAAGGACAACGUAUGAAAAGUCCAUGGUAUUUGGUAAGCAGUUGUAUAUUCUUCCAUGCAGCUUGUAAAUUUUACUACAUGUAUACUGAAUAGUAAGCUUUAAAAGACCAGGAAUUACAAAUGUAAAACAAUAAAAAUGUUAAAAUAAAUAAUUGGACAACUUUUGAAAGUGGCGGGAUUGGAUAGUGAAAAUUUUAGGGUACAAACAUUAUGUAAUACUUGAGAAAUAGCCGAGAUAAUAUUUUCACCAAUUUUUCAACAAUAUUCGUCUUAACUUCUGCCAAGUUUGCCUCUGCUUUUUGGAAAGAUUAGAACUCGUUCUAAAUCUUUACUUAGGCACCACCCUCCCUAACAACAGGACAGGUUAGCUACUGUUACUAAAUGUAUUCACACUAAAAUAUAGUUCCCUAUGGUUCUCAUGUAUGUGCACAUAAUACACAAAUAACUGAAAAAAACUGGGUAUAUUAUUGGAGCAGUUCAUUCAAGAAUGUAUGUAAUUAAGGUGUGUUGAUGUACAGGUUUUUUUAAAAACAUUUUGAAUAGGUAAGUGGGAAUUGAUUCCACUAGUAUGAUUGACAACUGUCAUUAUCACUAAACAAUCAGAGACAAGGUGGACCUUUAAUUACAAUGCCCCACCUCCUAAACUGCCAAUGAAAUUGACCACAUUACCUAUCAACCUCUGUCUAACAUAAUUAUACAGACCACUUUAAUAUGCAUCUUAUUCUUAAUACACAAGUAUUUGACCUCAUAAGUGAAUACACAAAUGUGUAUAUUCGAUAGAUUUAUUUAUUGACAAUUUAUUUUGAUCUACAUAACAAAGUGAUUCUGUAAAUUAUAUCUGAAAGAUAAAUGAUUAAUGGAUUAACAAGAUCUUAAAAAAAUGAAAUAUGAAUAUAAAUAUGAAUAUGUAAAAGGUGUAUUCAAGUAUGGCCUAUGAUUUAAUUGAUAAAUUUCCAAUAAUCAUCUGUUAUUAAUCAACAAUUUAGAUUAGUUGACUUUUUUAUCAGGAAUUGGCUUGAAACAGUUUUAAAAUUUAUAAAAUUUUAAUUAUAACAAACCAUUGUUUAUUAGUUUAUUUCCCAUCAAUCAAUAUGUCUUUUUUAGCCAUUUGAAUUUUUAUUAGAAGAAAAAAAAUGAAAAUGCCCUGUGUUGAAAAAUGCUUUAAAAUCUGAUUAAAAGGUACUCUUAAACUUUUAAUUUUCAAUGCCAUGAUAACCUCUGUUUCAACAUACAAAAUGCCCCAAACAUCAUUUUUAGAUUAUUUUUGUUGGCACUUUAAAGCUUUUAGCUGUUGGUCUAAAUAUAUGUCUUACAAGGAUAUGUAGUUGAUAACAUUUACUAGAAGAAUUUUUGCAUUUUUUUUUUUAAACAUUCUGAACCGGCAACAUAAUUUCGAUUAGAUAUAAACUGCAGUUUAAAUAAAAUUGUGCAAAUUUAGAGACUCAUAUUAUUUAAUUUGAACUCAUUUUAUCCUCAUACUGGAAAAGCAAGUUUCGUUCUAAAGACCUGCUGUAAAUGCAAUUUUCAGCAAUAGUGCUUUAUAAAUGUUCAUUUUCCCCACCAUACCUUAAUAUGAAAUAAUGCAAACUACUCUUCUAAUCUUUCCAUGAGUGAUAUCCAUCACUUUGAUUUAAUGCGUUUCCCUCGGUUUUAGUUUGUUACCCCGAUUUUGUUUUUUGUCCAUGGAUUUAUGAGUUUUGAACAGCGGUAUACUACUGUUGCCUUUAUUUGAUUGUACUUAACUGCCUACAGCGCAUUUGGUGCUUUGAUUGGCUUAUACUGUAACUCAAGAACCACAGCAUUCAGAGCAAAUCUGAUUGGGGUUGAUAUUGUUCAUCAGGUCAAGAUCAAUCUGCUCUGAAAUUUGCAGAUGAAUUGGACAACUGAUUGUUAGAGUGCUGCCCCUGAAUUGGUAAUUUUAAGGAAAUUUUGCCGUUUUUUGUCAUUAUCUUGAAUAUUAUUAUAGAUAGAGAUAAACUGGAAACAGCAAUAAUUUACAGCAAAGUAAGACCUAAAAAUAAGUCAACAUGACAAAAAUGGUCAAUUGACCCCCUAAGGAGUUAUUGCCCUUUAUAGUCAAUUUUAAAAAAAAUUCAUAAAAUUUGUACUAACAUUUUCCACUGAAACUACUGGGCCAAUCAUUAUAGAUAGAGAUAAUUGUACGUAGCAAGAAUGUUCAGUAAAGGAAGAUCUACAAACACAUCGCCAUCACUAAAACACAAUUUUGUCAUGAAUCCAUCUGUGUCCUUUGUUGAAUAUUCACAUAGACCAAGGUGAGCGACACAGGCUCUUUAGAGCCUUUAGUUUUUUGCUCUAUUUAUUUUUUCUAAAUGAUAUUUGUACAGAGAUUUUAAUUACUAAAUUUAAAAAUAUCCACCAUGACAUGUCAGUUUCAUUUAAUGAUUGAAAAUUGAUAUUAUUUAUAUUACGUUCUGUAACUGUUUAUUUGAGCUUUGUCAACCUUUGUGUGCAGUUUAUUGAUUCAUUCUUUUAGAAAAGAAUUUUGAUUUUGUGAAGGAUAUAAAAAAUAUUUAUGUACAUAAAUUAAAUGUAAUUUGCUUUAUACAUAAUGUAUUGUAGUUUUUUCAUUUCAUACUAUUUUUUUUAUAAAAUAAUGAAAAUGCUCAUUUCAACCUCAACAAUGUUUAUGUAGCCCAUGCUUUUAUUAGAAUUUUAAAUGCCUUCUUUGAGUAAUUUUCCACAAAAAAAUGUUUCGGUGUUUAAAAAAAAUUUCCCUAAGGUAACUAGUUUUAGAUACGUUGAUACGGUUAUUUAGAUAUAUUAUAAUUGCUCAUUACAAAUAGUAAAUGUGUAAUCUUUGUUUUGUUGUUUUUAAACCUUAGAUUUAAACAAAAAUCAUAAAAAUUUUGAUGCUGUCAAGAUAAUGCUAUUGUAUGAAGGGUCAAGUUCUGCAUAGAUUUGACUUUCAUGUUUAUUUUUUGGAUGACGUACCUUUUUAUUUACAAUGUAUAAAGAAAUGGAAGUUGGUCUUAUUUUUUUUUUUAAAGCUGUGGGAUUUUUUUUUAUGUUUGACAAUGUAUUUCAGAUCCUCAAAAUUUACAUGUUUGAAAUGAGUAUUUUAGCAAAAAUAUGGAAGCAUCAACAUUUAUUUUAUUUAUAUACAUAACAUAGACUUAUUAGAUAGUUGGAUGUUCAAUUCAGAAGAACCUUAGUUUUGAUCACAUGCAUGUAUAUUCAUUAUUUUUGUAUUAAAUUAUAAGAUAAUACAAGGUUUUAUGAUCAAAAACAAUAUUAAUCUAUCAGAAAUGAAGCAUGACAUACAUAAGUAUAUUUAUCGGUAAUUCGUAUAUUUUUCCUUUGAUCUUACUGCCUAAUAUUUUCGAGUAUCAACGUACUGGCUGUAUCACUGAAAAUAUUAGGCGAUACAUUGCGUGACGUCAUAACAUUGCUUGACAUCAUAAUUACCGAUAAACAGAAUAAUAGGUAGUUGCAGUUGGAAAGCUAGUCCUUCGAUACGGCCGUUGUCGUCAAGCUCUAUCAGCAACAAUAGCAGGGGGAAUUAAUUAGGUGGCGCUACUGUCGUCCGUAACGUCAAAAAGUCAGCCAAAUCAAUCGGCUAAAAGAUUGACGUUUAAAGUAUUUUCAUUAACUUGUCAUGCUUUUAUUAUAAUUAAAUAAUAAAAUUUGUAGGUUGUGUGACCAAUAUUAUUUCUUUGCGACAUAAAAAAAUUACAAAAAAUAGCUUUUUAUUGCUAUUCCUUUAUCCUGUCCGUUCUAAAAAAAAAUAGCCAUCUUUUUUGUUCGCCAAAAAAAUCGAUUUUUCCUAAUUUGACGUUUACGUAUCCAAAUACAGAAAAGAAUGGUUAUAAUCUUAAAUGAAACCGGGAAACCUAUUUCAAAUUUCUACAUAAUUUUGAAGCCAUCAUUUUUUACUUUUAUACAUCAAUUUUAGCCAUGUCAAUUUGUAUCUGGUUUUUGCUACGUUUCUACUUCAAAACUGAAUUUUAGCUUGUUUUCAUUGUACCUGUUUCAAAGUGCUCUAAAAUACUGAUCAUUAAAGACAUGAAUGAAAUUUGGAUUAAAAGUUGUGUUUUUUCACAAUUCCAUACAUUACUUGUAUUUUAAAGUAACUAAAACCCCUAUUGAUCCCCUACACAAUUUGACGGUGACAUUGUUUUCUUUUUUCAACAUACGUCAUGUAACGUUUAUAACAAAAUAGCACAAAAUAUGUGUCAGGGUCAUGUGCAUAGUAAAAUUUUACACAUUGGAAAAGUGAAACAACAAACAAAGAUCUUCUUUAUUGCGUUUAAAGCUAAACGUCUUAGAAAAUUCUGACAAAUUAUUGAUAGCCUACUGUAUCCGGGAUGGACAAAAGCACAAAAAUAACAAUAGAAAAUGCAUUGCAAAGAAAAUUCUGUAGGAAAAAAACAUAUGAAAAAAGGAAAUGAAGGUCAGUUAAUAAAAUCUUGCUUUGAUUAUUAUCUCUUUCCUUAGUAAGCUAUAGUAAUAAGAGCAAAACUAACUUGUCAAGCCAAGUCAGCCAAACAAGAAGUUAAUUCAUAGAGAUAUGUUCUUACAAAAUUGAAUUUAUUCAAAUGGCAAAUUCUUGUCAAAUUUAUUAAGCAUCAUUGAUCAUUAUUGAAGUAAAAUGCACACAAUUUAAUUGUCCACCAGUUUCAUUUCAUUUCCUAUUACUAGUAUUCAGGUAAAGAAUAUAUACAAUACUUUGUUUAUAAAUAUAUAAUUAAAGCAGCUGAUAUAGCAACCUGUUCAAGAGAUUAGAAGCCCCAUUUUUUUUUCAAAAAAGUUUACUUUCAUAAUCUAUAAAAUAAAAAAAAACCGAGAAAUGAGACAAAGGGCUACUGUACAAGCUAAUCUAGCAGUUUAAUUUUACAAUUAUAAUGAUUCUGAAAUUCAAAAUUAUGUCACUUUCACUUAAUUUAAAGCAUAUUUUUUUACAGAAUUUCUGUCAAUAUUUUUGGUAUAAAACUUAUAAAUCCCUUUUCUGUAUUUUACUGUUCAACUAAGAAACAUAGGCUUGAGUUUAAAGGCUCUCUUAAUUUGAAGAAAUUUGUUGACUUUUGGUCACACUUUAAAUUAUAAAAUAUAUAUGAUCAGUACUAUUUAUUUAAUAAUUAUAUCAAUUUUCAGAAAGAUUAUUCAAAUUGUAUAACUUGACUAUGUUUUAUUGCAUUAAAUAUUACCAGAAGUGUUUAAACAAAAUCUGCUAGGAAGGAUCCCACAUAUAAAAAUUACAUGUAGUAUAUUUCAUCCGCCAGAACUUAUUUCUUUCAAUAUAGCUAGGUUUUUAGUUUUACAUGUAGGUGUCAUUUAUCCACAUUUCUGAAUUGUUUUAUUUUUUUACUUUAAAUAUAUUGUCUUUUAAUUUUUUACAUUUAGUCCUUCUCUGAAAAAUAGGGAAGUAUCUCUUUUUUAUAUUAUCGUAACAUAGUUAUAAAUCGAGUUUCGUUUAUUUUCUUACUAAUUUUUGUAAAGUAAACUCCUUUCUUAAUUUUUAUGCAUUUUGCUGUUUUUUUAUUUUUUAUUUUUGAUUGGUGAUAUUAAGGGGAGAUAACCACUUGCACAAAUCGGCAUAAAAACCACCGCUUCGUUUUGAAAUCAAUUUGACGUUUUCGUAUCCAACAUUCUUUUGCCGAGAUAUUCAUAUCGAGUGUUUGUCUUAAUGAGAUGCUUUGUCAAAUUUAAAUUCAGCCCAUCAUUUUUAGUUUCCUCGUAAAUAUUUAGAUUUUUCGAUCAGGAGACUUGACAACUUUCACCCAAACUCCAAGUUUGCAGAUAAAAUAAAGAAUAAAGGACUUUGAUUUGAUGUGUAAGCUUUGACGAGAAUAAACUAUGUAUACUCAAGAUUAUUUAGGUCAAUAAGUUUUUAUUACGACAAUAGCAUUUAGUGAGUAAAAAUGAGGUUUGUCUCGUCCGUUUCUUUACUGAAUUUUCACGGUCACGUGACUUUAUUGUUGCUGAUAAACUUGGGGUAAAACUGUGACCUGCUUUCCAACUGGUUGAGUUUUUGAUACUGACUAUAUCAUGUUCAAUAUAUUAACUCCCCUAACGGGCUCGUCUAGAUAUUCCACAUGAUAUAGUCAGUAUCAAAAACUCAACUACCUAUUAGUCUAUAUUUAUUAAUCACAAUCACUGCCACAAACUUUAGAUUUGUGUAAUAUUAAAUGUUCACUUUUUUUAAAGUAUGAUCAUAAUAAAUGCUAAAUUGUUUCAUUUGAAUCAAAAUUAAAAUUAGAAGAAUU